AUGGACCCCGAAAAAGAAGCAAACCUCCCCUCCUCCUCCGCCUCCGACGAAGACUCCCCCCGACCCUCAACGCCGCCCACGCCCCCCUUCAAUGAAGAAGCGCAAGAAUCACCAGCAGAACCAGCCGCCGCCCGCCGCGACGUCCGCGGCUUCCGCUGGCUCCUCAUCUGCGUCGCCCUCUACAUCUCCAUCUUCAUCUACGGCCUCGACACCACCAUCGCGGCCGACGUCCAGGGCUCCGUCGUCGAGGCAUUUGGCCACGUCGAGCAGCUGGCCUGGAUCGGCGCCGGCUUCCCCCUGGGCUCCGUCUCCGUCAUCCUGCUCUACGGCGUGCUCUACGCAAACUUCAACAUGAAAUGGGUCUUCGCCGCCUCCAUGGUCCUCUUCGAGGUCGGCUCCGCGGUCUGCGGCGCCGCGCCCACGAUGACGGCCCUCAUCGUCGGCCGCGUCAUCGCCGGCUCCGGCGGCAGCGGCGUCUUCAUGGGCUGCCUCAACUACUUCACCGCCCUGACGACCCCCCGCGAGCGCGGCGUCUACAUCACCGGCACGGGCUUCUGCUGGGGCAUCGGCGCCGUCCUGGGCCCCGUCAUCGGCGGCUCCUUUGUCGAGUCGAGCGCGACCUGGCGCUGGGCCUUUUACAUCAACCUCAUCGUCGGCGGCGCCUUCGCCCCCGUCUACGUCUUUGGCCUUCCCGCCGUCCACCCCGUCGUCGGCGUGCCCGUCCUCGAGCGCAUCAGGAGGAUUGACUUCCUCGGCGUGCUGCUCGGCAUCGGCACCUGGGUCUCCUUCUGCAUGGCCUUCACCAUGGCCGGUGGCCAGUGGGCCUGGGGCGACGGCCGCACCAUCGGCACCAUCGUCGCCUUCGCCGUCGUCGUCACCUGCUACGCCCUCCAGCAGGGCCUCUGCAUCCUCACGACGCCCGAGAUGCGCUCGUUCCCCGUGCCCCUGCUGCGCUCCCGCUCCCAGGUCCUGCUCUACGUCGCCACCUCGUCCAACGUCACCUCCCUCUUCGUCAUCGUCUACUUCAUCCCCAUCUACUUCCAGUUCGUCCACGGCGACUCCGCCAUCGAGGCCGCCGUCCGCCUGCUGCCCUUCGUCGUCCUCACCGUCAGCCUCAACCUCGCCGCCGGCCACCUGCUCGCCCGCAUCCGCUACUACAUGCCCCUCUUCGCCGUCGCCGGCUUCUUCAUCACCCUCGGCGGCAGCCUCCUCACCGCCUACCUCGGCCCGGACACCCCCGUCUCCUACAUCUACGGCUUCACCGUCCUCACCGCCGUCGGCACCGGCCUCACCCUCCAGAUCGGCUACGCCGUCGCCUCCCUCAAGGUCCCCGACCACCGCGCCGGCGACGCCCUCGCCCUGCAGAACGUCUCCCAGAUCGGCGCCACCGUCAUCGCCCUCGUCAUCGCCGGCCAGGUCUUCCAGUCCGAGGCCACCAAGAACCUCUCCGCCGCGCUGGCCGACACCGACUUCUCCGCCGCGGACAUCCAGAGCGCCAUCGCCGGCGCCCAGAGCCGCAUCUUUGAGGAGAUUACGGGCAGUCUCAGGGACGCGGCCAUCCUGGCCAUCACAGACGCCAUGAAAAAGGCCUUUAUCCUCGUUUGCGUCGGCGGUGGCGUUCAUCUCAUUGCUGCGCUGCUGAUGAAGCGCGAGAAGCUGUUUGGCGAGAUUGUCGUUGGUGCUGCGUAA